AUGUCACUUUACCAUGAGGCGGCAGAGUUCCUCCUAGCGCCAACUUCGGACGGCGGCAGCCUCAAAGCUCGAGUCUUCAAGAAGAAGAACCUCAAGUCGCCCCCCAAUCAGCUCUAUGCUUUGGUGCUGGAAACUUGCAAAUGGAGUGUCGUGCUCAAGGAGGUUAUCGACAGGACCGAGCUCUUGAAACUUGAACGAAAGUUGACACCGGCUCUCUCAUUACUACUGACACAUGAUUUGCUCCUGGCCAAGGGCGGCAUCGCCCUCCCACAGAGUCAUGGUCUCAGGCAGAGCGUCGAGCGUCACAAGGGUCGUCUGACGUCCGAGUUGACGCUGGCAAGGCUCCGGCGGAAGGCUGCCUCCACCGAGCAGCUACGGGAGCAGGUCGAGAGAGCAUCGGCAGGCGAGGAGGCCAACAUCCCGCGCUGGGUGCGCGUCAACGCCCUGAAGAGCAGCGUCGAGGACCAGCUGGAGACCACGUUCGCCACGUACAAGAGGACGACGGAGCUGCACGAGGUCAUCCGCUCCCUGCCAAGCAAGGCGGCGGGGACCCGGCUGGUCUACAUGGACCCCCACGUGCCCAACCUCCUCGCCGUCACGCAGGGGACCGACCUCACCAAGACGGAGGCCUACGGCGCGGGCAAGGUCAUCCUGCAGGACAAGGCCUCGUGCUUCCCGGCCUACCUGCUCGACCCCCGCUCCGAGGACGGCGACGUGGUGGACGCCUGCGCGGCGCCGGGGAACAAGACGACGCACCUGGCCGCCGUGCUCCACGGGCACCGGCCGGACUUUGAGAGUGCGCCGCAGACCAUCUUCGCCUUCGAGAAGGACUCGCGGAGGGCGCAGACGCUGGAGAAGAUGGUCAGGAUCGCCGGGUUGAGGAAGCAGACGGUCAUCGCCCCCGGCCAGGACUUCCUGCAGGUCGACCCCGAGGCGGACAAGUACAAGGAUGUCGGGUUGCUGCUGCUGGACCCGAGCUGUUCGGGAAGCGGGAUUGUUGGGCGUGAUUCAAUGCCCGAGCUGCAUCUGCCAGAUGCGCUCGACAAGCAGUCCAAGGGCAAGGGUGCACCGCCGCCAAAAAAUGCGCAGACAGCGAGGAAGAGGAAGCAUGGGGAGGUGGAGAAGGGGGAGAAGGAAGCAUCACAGAACGUUCUCAUCGACGACGAAGGGAACGAGACGGUAGUCGAUUCCAGCAAGGACUUGCAGGCAAGGUUGGAGGCGCUUUCUUCCUUCCAGUUGCUUAUCCUUCUACAUGCGUUCAAGUUCCCAUCUGCCAAGCGGGUCACAUAUUCUACAUGUUCUGUGCACGCGGAGGAGAACGAGCGAGUUGUCAUGAAGGCGCUACAAUCAGAUAUUGCCCGUAGCAGGGGCUGGAGGAUUUUACGGAGAGACGAUCAGGUCAGUGGGCUGAGGGAUUGGGACGUCCGGGGCCUUCCAGAGGAAUGCGGCGGGGAUACAGAGAUUGCGGAGGGAUGCAUUCGGAGCCACAAAGGGGACGGGCGGGGAGUGAUGGGGUUCUUUGUUGCCGGUUUUGUUCGAUCCAGUGGCCAUGCGGAUGGUGGUGGUGGUGACGAUGAUGAGGGUCCAUACCUCCGGGACGUGGAGGGGAGAAUCGUACGGGACCAGCUCGGGAUGCCGGUGCUAAAAUCCACGGGAGAACCAGUUACGCUGAUUGCCAGGGACGGGUCUGACGAAGAGGAUGGCAGCAGUUGUGGCACAUCAGAUGACCAAGCAACGGACGAGGUAGAGGAGGACGAAUGGGAUGGAUUCGGAGAUUAG